GCGGGACUUGCGCUGCUAAAAGCGGUCCGCGACUUCGUUAGACGUACACAAACGUCUCUAAAGAUUUCAACUUUGGUCCAAAUCACCUGCGGAACGAGCGGCGGAUUUGUACCCGCACGCCGAACACUCUCUCAGGCAGUGAUCUCACACAAACAGGUACGUAGACGCGCGCGCGAGGUCCCAAACCCAUUCCACCACCGCAUCACUUCAAACUAUCGCUCGCGCGGCCGUGUGCGAAGUCGCGCAGCGCGCGCUGCUCCACCGGUUACAAAUUGCCCUCGAGAGCCCAGGAACACUAUUUGUGCGCGCGCGGGCGUCAAAGGAGCUCCGGGCCCGACGGGAUCGCGGCGCGCAAGGCUGCUCACAGCAAUCCCAAAAAAAACAACGAGUUUCUUUUUGCAGCCUGUACAAAUGCGCGCCGCUCGCGAGCCGGAUACAAAAAUCGCCCAAAAACGAGAGGCGAGCCAAAAAACGAGAGGCGAGCCCGGACGCGCCUCCCCCAAAAAGGAGCGAGACGCAACCACCACGCGCGCAGGCAUCCUUUCGGCCAAGUAGAAUACUAAACGAAAGCGUAAAAAAAAGAAGAACAACAAGCAACCAUGAACCCCAGCAACAUCCAGAUGAAAGACACGCACGACGGCGUAGUCGUCAGAGCAGACGGCCGCACGCUCCUGGCCAAGCUCGUCUUCGCGGGCUCGGCUCGUUUGGCCGAGUGCGACCUCGGCAUCGACGAGCUACGGGCGGCGUUCAAGCGCGCGCACGGCGAGGAGGCCUCGAAGGUUCAGAUCAGUGUCCGGAAAUCACCCGCGGUAAGGCUGCUCACAGCAAUCUCAAAAUCCAAAAAAUUGAAAGAUUUUUAUGAAUUGCAGCCUGUCCAACCGCUUGGAGACUUCUAAUCUGGGGGUUACUGACCGGUCGCGUCGCACACAGGGCACGCUCACCUACCAGCUCAACGAGCAGGACUCAGAUCACCUCCAGCUCCUCGACGACGCCGACCUCGCGUUGGCCAAGAAGCACGGCUCCGAGCCGCUCAAGAUCACGUCGACGGAAGUCGACACGCGCAAUGUCUUCGACCACGCGGCGGCGGAGCUCGCCAAGCAUGGGUUGGAUGCGCCUUCAACCGAGCUCAAGAAGCUGUUGGACGUGCUCCAGUUCAAGCCGCGGCGCCUGGUCAAGUGCGGCCUUGCGCCUCCGAAAGCUUUGAAGUGCACUGCCAAAGGAGACGAGGCCGAGGAGCCCGAGGACGUGUUAGUGGUCGAGGCUUUAUCUAUCGAAGACAAGGAGGCCGACGCGACGUUGGACGACGCCGCUUUAGCUGCCAAACUCCAAGCCGAGGAGUACGGUACUCAUGAUGUCGUGCUCGAGGCGGUGACGGGGAAGGGCGUGAAGCUCGACUCCAACACUUUGCAUGCUUUACUACGCAUGCUCCACUGCCGCCCGGCUAGAUUUGUGAAACUGGGCCUCGUCGAGGACGUCAAGGCCGCGCGCCAGGCCUACAAGUUGGGCGGGCGCGCGUGCGCCAAGGAGUGGUUCCGCAACAAGGGCGGCCACGGCAAGGGAGGCAAGGGCUGGGGCCGCGGGCUCCACGGGCGCGGCCGCUGCCACGGUCGCGGCGCCGGCUGGGCCUUCGAGGUGUCGAUGGAGGAGGAGCACCGCUGGGGCCGCCGCGGCGGCCACGGCAAGGGCUGCCACGGGCGCCGCUCGCGCUCGCGCGAGGGCCGCGGCUGCCACGGCAAGGGCCGCGGCCACGGUCACCCGUGGGGCAAGGGCGAGGGCGAGGGCAAGGGCUGCCACGGUCACCCGUGGGGCCCGCCCCCGCCGCCGCCGGCGUCGCCGCCGCCCCACGACCCGCGGGGCUGCGGCCGCUGGUAGAGCGGUGCGCUCUCCCGGAGGCGCGCGGUGACACGCGUCGGCCUCGUCAUUCUCCGUCCUUCAGAACCCUCUAAGUCCCCCGCCGCUCCGGCGGCUCCCCUGCGCUCGCGGUUGUAUCGGCACCUACACGAGAAACGUGCUUAACGCGCUGUUAGAACGCUCGUCGCCGCCGUGGGGCGGUCGAGAAGAAUGAAAAAAUAAUCCCCCAAUCACUCUGGUUGUGCCUGUCACAAGUCAGACAAAAGCAGAGUGGGGUGGCGGCUGCUGACGGGCAGCCGGCGAAGCCUUAAUGCUACCACAACCAGCUAACCUCAGGCUGAGCCAAUGAAAUUCAGUACCUCUGAUUCGUAGCCGCGUCUGCUCGAUGGCGUGGAGGGCCUGCGCCGGCAUCGCGACGAUGAUCGCGUCCGGUGCCAGUCUCCCCAGGGGCUCCUCCCACUAGUCCUCCGAGUCACACCCGGACCGUUACAGACGAGGAUGCUGAGAUACCCAC